AUGGCUGCUAGGCCAGAAGGCUUGCUCUUGUUGUUCAUGGUCCUCUGGGUUCAAGUAAUCAAAGGCAAUUGUUCAUCAGUUCCAUCAGCACUGAGUUGUUCUGGCACAUUCUUUUCGUUCGCCGAUUGUUUGGAGUUUGUGGAGGAUGGGUCCAUGGUGCCCAAACCAGGCAAAGCCUGUUGCACUGGCCUUGAGAUUGUUGUGAGCCAGAGCGUAGGGUGCUUGUGUGAGGUCCUCAGGGAUGUGUUAAGGUUUGGUAUCCCUCUCAACAUGACAAGGGCUCUCAUGCUAACAUCUCUCUGCAGGAUCUUUGCUGAGUCCAUGGACCCUUGUAUUAUAGAAAUUUUGCACCAAAGGGUGAUGCAGAUGGCCACCGUCAAAAGAUAA